AUGCACCUCCCGAUAGCAGUAGGGGAAGGGGAGGUUGUGGGUGGGCGAGAAGGAGUGAGGGAGGGGAGUGAGGAGAGUAGUGGGAGUGAGGGUGGUGAGGAGGAGAUUGUAGAUGUUUGUGACUCUGUGAGGGAGUGGGGAGAAGAGGGGCGAUUUGAACAGGGGCAACUGGAAGGGGGGCGGCUGGAAGAGAAGAUUGGGGGGGACAUAGGGGGAAAGGGGAACGAAGAGGGUGGAAGCGAGGGGGACGAAGUGGGAGGAAGAGAGAGGGAGCACGGGGAAGAGGGUCACUUCGAAGCUACUGUCGCUGGUAAAGGGGCGAUGAUUCGGCGGCUGAUUCUGGGGUCGGAGGACGAGAUGCUGACGUGGCAUGCACAGUGGCAAUUGCUACAAAGCUCCUUCAGGUUGGCCUCUCACAACUUCGAUGCGGCCUUCUCCCCCUCGCUCCUCAUCGUCUCAGCCAUCGCAUCAACUCUCCUCGCCGUAGCCUUUGCGGUGGCGCCUCUCUUUGAGUUCACCGAUUUCAGCACUCCCGUGGUGCUCGGGGUGGUUACCGCCAUUCACCUCGACUUCGCCCUGCUCCUCCUCACCAUUGUCCGUGCAGACCCCAUCGCCCCUCCUCGCCUCUCUCUCUUCUUCUUUCCUUUAACCUCACAUUCCUUCUUUUCUUCCCAUUCACCCACAUUUCCCCUCCCCACCUGCAGAGUGCUCCUAUUGGUGUCCGUGCAGAAGCCAAUCUCCCUCCUCGCGUCCCUCUCUGUCUCACGAACUUUUUCUUCCUCUUCACUUCCCACACCCUUCUGCCUUUUGCCUUCCCUUCUCCUCCUCGCCUGCAGAGUGCUCCUAUCGGUGUCCGUGCAGUCUCCAUCGCCCCUCCUCCCAUCUCUCUCCAUGAACCUCCGUCUGCUCCGCCGCUACUCCCACGCCUAUCUCGCCCUCAACUUCGGCCUCCUGGGGGUCCUCUCCUCCCUCGCUGCACCCUGCCUCCUCACACCCCUUCUCACUCACCUCCCUCUGUCUCCUGUCCCUUCUCUUCCGCGAACCUACCCGCCCUCCCCCCCGGGGUCCCCGUCCCUUCCUCGCCUGCAGAGUGCUCCUAUCGGUGUCAGUGCAGACUCCAUCGCCCCUCCUCGCCUCUCUCUCCAUGACGCUCCGACUCCUACGUCGCUACUCCCACGCCUAUCUCGCCCUCAACUUCGGCCUCCUGGGGGUGCUCUCCUCCCUCGCUGCAGCAUGCUUCCUGCUUACAGGAAUCAUCCAAAAUGUUAUGCUUCAUAA